AUGUCGUCAACAAUCAGUAAUGUCGAGGAGAGCCUACAAGCUAUCUGGGCUCAUGUCCUCAACUUACCUCAUGUUCCUCUGGAUCAAUCCUUCCUGUCGAUAGGAGGAGAUUCCAUCUCUGCUAUGCAGGUCGUCGGUCAAUGUCGCAAAGAAGGCAUGAGUCUUGGCGUUCAAGAGGUCUUGCGCAGCAAGUCCAUCACACAGUUAUCGGCCGCAGUCAAAGAGGUCGGGAACUCAGCCUACGACCAUGAGGAAUACUUUGACGAGGAUUUCGAUCUCUCACCCAUCCAGUCACUCUUUUUCAAACGUCCGAAUACAAACGGCCAUUUCAACCAAUCUUUUUAUCUCCGAGUGGCACGUAAGACCGAUGCCGGCGAUUUCCAAUCCGCAGUGCAACAACUCGUGACACGCCACUCCAUGCUGCGAGCAAGGUUCACUCAAUCGCCUGAACAUGGAUGGCAACAACGUCUCACAAACGAUAUCGAAGGCUCUUAUCGCUUUCGUCAUUUGGCUGUAACAUCACAAGCUCAGAUCGACACUCAGAUUGCAGACUCGCAGCAAUGCUUCGAUCACGUGGCUGGCCCACUAUUUGCUGCCGACUUCUUCGAUUUUGGUGAAGAGCAGUAUGCAUUUCUGACCGGUCACCAUUUGGUUGUCGAUCUGGUCACGUGGAGGUUGCUGCUCGAAGAGCUUGAAGAGAUCCUCAAAGGUGGACAACUACUUGCACCUGCCCUUCCUUUCCAGAAGUGGGCCGAGCUGCAACGUGACCACGCUGAGUCUCUCGAACUUGAUGAAGUCCUCCCAGCUGUUGAUGUUCCUCCCAUGAACUUCACAUACUGGGGCAUUCAACAUCAAGAUAAUACGUACGGCAAUGCUAGCCAUGCCAGUUUUGAGCUAGAUAAGGAUCUUAGUUCCGCUUUCCUGACUAACUGCCAUACUGCCUACAAGACUGAGCCGGUCGAAGUCUUGCUCGCAUCCUUAAUACAGUCCUGGUCACAUGUCUUCACCGACAGGCCUGUGCCAGCUAUCUUCAAUGAGGGACACGGUCGCGAACCGUGGGACUCAGACAUUGAUAUCACCCGAACUGUCGGGUGGUUCACGGCGCUGUCUCCAAUUCUUGUGUCACCAUCGAAGGAUCCCACGGAUACCGUCCGAAAGAUCAAGGAUUUCAAACGGCGAAUUCCCGGUAAUGGACGUCCAUAUUUUGCUAGGCGGUGUCUUACUGAGGAGGGCCGGGAGAAUUUUGACACUCAUUGGCCCAUGGAGAUCCUGUUCAACUAUCUCGGCCAGUACCAGCAACUCGAGAGGGCGGACGCCUUGCUUCAGCCGUCAGGUACCAUGGCUGGUGAGACAGGCAAGGCUGGCGGCACGUCCGACUUUGGCCACGAAACCUGCAGAUGGGGUCUCUUCGAGAUCUCCGCCUUUGUUUUCAAAGGGCACCUCAAGGUUGCUUUUACAUUCAAUCGACAUAUGAAGCAUCAGCCACUCAUUCAACAAUGGGUCUCAGAAUGCCAGAACACCAUAUCCAACAUGAUCCGGGGCCUGACACUUCUCGAUCCCAAGCCAACGUUGAGCGACUUCCCAUUACUUUCAUUGACAGAUGAAAGCUUCACCACUAUGGUUGACAGUCUCUCAGCCAUGGGUAUUCUGGACACCGACGUAGAGGAUAUCUAUCCUUGUUCAAGAAUGCAAGAAGGAUUGCUCCUUUCGCAAAGCAAAGACGCCGGGUUUUAUGCUGCGGCAACUCUCCAUGAGGUCACCACCUUGAAUAAACAAAUCUCCCCAGAGGCAGUUGCUGGUGCUUGGCAACAGGUAAUCGAACGGCAUCCAGCAUUGCGCACUGUCUUCAUCGAGAACGUUGGUGCCAAGGGACUUUACAACCAGGUCGUCCUCAAGCACAUCGACGCCAACAUUGUGUAUCUUGAGGCGUCAGACGAGACCGAUGCUAUCAGGAUGAUCGAAGAGCAACGCUCCGUUAGCUACAACCACGGCCGAUGUCCGAAUCACCGUUUCACCAUCUGUACGACCACCGAUCAGAGAACCUACUGUUCGCUGGACAUAAGCCAUGCCAUCAUGGAUGGUCAUUCUAUGAGUCUCUUAGCCGAAGAACUCAGGAAGGCAUGUGCAAGCGAAACCCUCCUCGAUGGCACCCCAUACAGCGCUUACAUCGCAUGGCUUGCGAAACAGCCUGAGGAAUCCAGUCUUGAAUUCUGGAAAUCUUAUCUUGGAGGCAGUGAAGUCUGCUCUUUCCCGACCCUUGAUGACGGACUUGGUCAAACUGUAGCGAAGGAACUUAUCACCAUUCGCCUCGAUCUCACCAGUAUCAGCCUAGCCGACUUGCAGCAUUUUUGCAACACCAACGGCAUCACCCUGUCGAAUGUCUUUCAUACUGCAUGGGCACUGACACUCAGCUGCUACAUUGGAAGCAACGACGUCACGUUUGGCUAUCUAACGUCCGCGCGUGAUGCGGAAGAAGUACAUGGAGUAGAAAGUAUUGUUGGCCCGCUGAUCAACACACUCGUCUGCCGCGUGAACCUCUCGGACGGAUCUCGCUGUCUCCUCGAUAUCCUCCAAGACGUACAAAGAGACUACAUGGAAGCCUUGCCACAUCGCCACAUAGCGCUGCCCGAUGUUCAGCACGUGCUUGAGCUUUCUGGUGCCAGUCUCUUCAACACUGCGCUCUCAUAUCGUCGUCUUCCCCAGGAACAGGGCCGCCAGGAAGAAGAUGUUCGUCUUCGGGAGGUUCGCCCGAUCUACGACCCAACUGAGUACCCAGUCAGCGUGAACAUCGAGGUCGGAGAUGAAGCUGCGGCUGUGGAUCUCGACUACUGGACCGAUCAUCUCACCGCCGUACAAGCCAGGAACGUUGCCAACACCUUCGUGCGGGCUCUUGAGAACAUCGUCUUCAACGCCAAACGUCGCAUCUCGGCCUUGGAUCAUCUCAGCCCAAGGCAUCUGCAACAAUUACAGAAAUGGAAUGUCAUGCCGCCAACUAUCAACGAGUGUGUGCACGAUAUAUUUGCGCGAUGGGCUGAAGCUCAACCAGAAGCACCAGCAAUAUGCGCACACGACGGUGAAUACACGUACGGUCAGCUGAGAGCCGUCACAGACCGCUUGUCACAUCAUUUGGUCCAACUCGGUGUCGGACCUGAGGUUUUCGUACCCACUUGUUUCGACAAGAGUGCUUUCGCAAUCAUUGCUAUGCUCUCCGUUCUCAAAGCGGGUGGUGCCGCUGUGCCACUUGAUGCAGCACACCCUGCCCCAGCGCUGCAGACCCGUCUCGAAGAUGCUGCCGCGCAAGUGGUGCUCACCACUUCCGCGCGCGCAGAGAAGUUCGACGGACUUGUACCCAACAUCAUCGUAGUAGACGCUGCAUUUUUGGAAAGCUUGCCGGCGAUCGACGGCCCUGCUUGCCCCAGUGUUCGGCCGCACAACCCAGUCUUUGUUAUCUUCACAAGUGGAAGCACAGGGAGACCAAAGGGUGUUGUGCUCGAGCACUCAGCCAUAGCUACUAGUGCGGAAGCUCACGGCUCCAAAUUCGGCAUCAACCGAGACUCGCGCAUGCUCCAAUUUGCUUCGUACACGUUCGACAACUCUCUCGAAGAGAUGUUCACUACUCUUCAGCGAGGUGGCUGUGUAUGCGUUCCCUCCGAGGUUGAUCGUGUCAAUGAUCUUCCCGGCGCGAUCGCGAGGUUGAAGGCGAACAAGAUGGAUCUCACCCCAACUGUCGCGGCGCUCCUCACGCCGGCGCAGGUUCCUUCAAUUAAGAGCCUCUGCCUUGGCGCGGAGCCUCUCACGAAAGCGCUGAUCGAGCUCUGGAGUCAGCAUGUCCACCUCGUCGGAAUGUAUGGACCCAGUGAGGCGUCUAUCAACUCGGCCUUCAAGGAUUUCAGCGACGGUCGGGGGGAGGCCACUAAUAUCGGCAAGGCAAUCGGAUGUAUUGGAUGGGUCGUUGAUGCUGAAAACCGUGACCGCUUGAUGCCCAUUGGAUGCAAGGGAGAAUUGAUUCUCGAAGGUCCUAUCCUUAGCCGUGGAUAUCUCAACGACGCUGAGAAGACACAAGCCGCAUUCAUCAUGGACCCUGAGUGGGCUCGUGUCAUGGGUCCCACAGGACGUAGGUUUUACUGCACCGGUGACCUGGUUCAAUACACCUCUGAUGGUGACAUGAUCUACUUGGGCAGGAAGGACUCCCAGGUCAAACUGCACGGACAACGCAUUGAGCUGGGCGAGAUUGAACAUCACCUGAAGCUGAACCUACCUGCCGGCGCCAAAUCGGCUGUCGAACUAGUCAAGUUCAACGACAGCAACAAGACCAAGGCACUCGUAGCUUUCAUGUGCUUGUCGGAGGACGAACAUUCAGCUGCAAUCUGCGAGAUGAGCGAGUCGGUACGAAAAGUUGCAAAGAAGGUCGAGAUCGCACUUGCGAAUGCACUUCCUGUCUACUACGUGCCCUCAAUGUUCAUGCCAGUCACUCGCAUGCCUAUGACGACGUCCGGCAAACUUGACCGCAAGGUGCUACGCUCUCUGGCGGCUGCUCUUCCUGAGUCGAACCUCACGCCUUUCCGCCUGGCAGGUAAGAGCGGACGCGCGCCUGCUGGAGACGCUGAAGUCAUGUUGGCGCGUCUCUGGGCGUCGGUGUUGAAGAUCGAUGCAGGCGCAGUAGGUGCUGAAGAUUCAUUCUUCCGCCUUGGUGGUGACUCCAUCAGCGCCAUGAAGCUCGUCACAGCGGCAAGGAAAGAUGGCGUCAUGCUCAACGUUGCCAAUGUCUUCGCUCAACCCAAGCUGCUGGAUAUGGCGGCCACUGCAAUUAUACUGUCAUCCGAUGACGCCGCGAAGUCUGAGGUGGACACUCUGCCCAUGGAAUUGCUUCCUGCGUCCUCCCGUCAGGCUAUUGUAGCCUUGGCUGCAUCUGAAUGUGGUGUCUUUGCCGACUCUAUCGAAGACAUCUACCCAUGCAGCAAGCUCCAGGAAGGUCUUGUCAUGCUCACCAACAAGGACCCAGGAACCUAUGUUGUGCAGCCUAUCUACCGAUUGCCACCUGAUGUCGACAUUCCGCGUUUCAAAGAGGCCUGGAAAGCUGUCAUCGCUACCGAGGCAACUCUGCGCACUCGUAUCGUAUAUUCCGAGGAGCAUGGCUUCGUGCAAGUAGUCAUCCGGGAAGACAUCAAGUGGCAAUCCCUCCCCGAUAUCCAAGAUAUCAACGAGACCACUAGGCAGCUUCCUGCCAAGAACGGCGCGCCUUUGACGACAUUCACGCUCGUCGGUGAGAACACCGACUCCAUGUUCUUUGUGUGGACUGCUCAUCACGCCGUAUACGACGGUUGGAGCUGGACGGCGUUGUUCCGAAAAGUCGAGGCCCACUAUCGCAGUGAGGUGCAGAGCAUUCCCACCACUGUUCCCUACUCGCGGUUCGUGAAAUACAUCUCCAGUCUGGAUCAGAAGCAGUCCGAUGAUUUCUGGCUCUCGCAGCUCGACAAUGUCACGGCUGCACAAUUCCCUCAGCUACCAUCCCCAGACCACCGUGUGGAAGCCAACGGUCAGUUGCUACACUCUGUGCAGCUCACACGUAAUCCAGGCCUCGAGGUUACCGUUCCUUCCAUGAUCCGUGCUGCAUGGGGUAUUCUCCUUGCAACAUAUUCGGGUUCAGAUGACGUGAUCUGGGGCGAGACCAACAGUGGCCGUGAAGCUUCUGUUCCUGGCAUUGAGUCUAUCAUCGGUCCUACCAUCACAACCGCACCUGUCCGGUUACGACUCGACCGCACUUUGACAGUGCACGACUAUCUCAAGGAGACACAAAAACAGUCUUCACUUUCGCUUCCGUAUCAGUUCGCGGGCUUGCAACACAUCAGCAAACUCAGCUCCGAGACUGCAAUAGCGUGCGAUUUCCAGAGCUUCUUGGGUAUCGAAUCGGGUGACGAUUUUGAUGCUGAGAGCCCGCUAUGGAACAUGGUGAGCGCCAACACCAUUGGAACCGACUUCUUCAGCUAUGCUUUUGUCUUCAACUGCAAGGUCAACUCGACUGGCGUACAGGUUGAAGCCCUCUUCGACGACCGUGUUGUCGAAAGAUGGCUCGCUCAGCGCAUGGUUCAACAAUUCGAUUUUAUUCUCACCCAGUUGAACGGCGCUGAUAACAUUGUGCGAAGCCUGAAUGACCUUGACAUGGUCAACCCGGCGGACCGCAAGACAAUCAGUUCCUGGAAUAGCGAGCCAGUGCCAGUCAUCCCUAGAUGCAUCCACAGUGUGAUUGCGGAGGAUCAAACUGCGCUUCGCCCUUCUUCACCCGCCAUUGAUGCCUGGGAUACCGGUGUCAUGUCUUACCGCGAGCUUGACGAUCGAUCAUCUGCACUCGCACAUCGGCUGAUCCGCCUUGGUGUAAAGCCGAAACAAUUUGUUCCUCUCUGCUUUGACAAGUCAGGGUGGACAAUCGUAGCCAUCCUUGCUGUACUCAAAGCAGGAGCGGCAUUUGUUCCCUUGGACUUCGAAGCACCUGUACUGCGCCUUCGCGAGAUAGUCUCCGACAAUGAUGCCGAUCUUCUCCUUUGUGCCCCACAGUAUCAGGAGCUCUGUCAGUCCAUACCAUGCAGCAAUGUGGUUGUGGACCGGCAAGCUACUGAAGUUCUCCCUGAUCGUCUACCCAGUCUCCCUUCUGUACACAGCGAUUCUCCAGCUUACGCAUUCUAUACCUCUGGAUCGACCGGUAAGCCCAAGGGCGCCGUGGUACUUCACACUCAUUGGGUCACCAAUUCUACGAGAUUUGCUCCGGGGCUGAAGAUCUCCCAGGCAUCCAGGGUUCUGCAGUUCGCCUCUUAUACAUUCGAUGCUUGCUUGAUCGAGAUAUUCAGCACGCUCAUGCAGGGUGGGACUGUAUGCGUGCCUGACCAGGCUUCCCGCACAAACGAUCUCGUUGGGGUUAUCAACAAAUUCAACGUCAACUGGGCAACUAUUACCCCGUCAGUCGUUCGUAUGAUCUCACCGUCUGAGGUACCAAAACUCGAGACCCUGUUCCUUGUUGGAGAAGCCAUGUCUCAGCAGGAUCUGGCCACUUGGGCAGACAAAGUCAAUCUCGGCAAUGGAUACGGGCCGACCGAAUGCGCCGCCCUUGCGACUUCCAACAUCAUGAUGCCUCACACGAAACCGAACAAUCUUGGUAAAGCUGUUACGUCGCGAGGAUGGGUUGUAUCGAGAAACAACCAUCACGCUCUUGCGCCGGUCGGUGCCAUCGGCGAGCUUUUGCUCGAAGGCGGUGCUGUCGGAGCCGGCUAUCUUAACAAUCCGGAGAAGACAGCCGAGGUUUUUGUGAACCACGUGAAGUGGUCUACAGGCCUUGUGAGCGAACCCGUACGAAUCUACAAGACCGGAGACCUGGUCAAGUACAACGAGGAUGGAACUAUGCUGUAUCUUGGCCGCAAAGAUCUACAAACCAAGGUUCGAGGCCAACGACUAGAGUUGUCGGAAGUUGAGCAUAAACUGCUGGACGAUCAUAUGGUGCAGAGCGCUCUGGCCUCGGUACCUACGACUGGACCCUGUGCCAAGCGAUUGGUCGCCAUCAUUUCGCUCCAGAACAUGGCGGCAACGACAACAGAUUCCGACGACCGAUUGCGAAUCCUGCCGCAAGAAAGUGCUUCACUGAACAUUGCAACCAUUCGAGAUGGUCUCUGCGAACGCCUGCCUGCCUACAUGAUACCAUCUCUGUGGAUUGCUGUCGAAAGGUUCCCAUUGAUGCCGUCCGGGAAGAUGGAUCGAAGGAGAGUACUUCAGUGGGUUGAAGACAUGGACCAGCCGACAUACCGGCAGAUCUCCGCCAUGGGAACGGAUGAUACUGAGGUCACAAAUGGGAGUGCCAUCGAGAAGAAACUACAGGCGAUUUUCGCCAAGGUUCUGAACCUUUCUAUCGCUGAUGUUCGUCUGAACCAGUCGUUCUUGCAUCUCGGUGGUGAUUCGAUUGCCGCUAUGCAAGUCUCGUCGCAAUGCCGAGCGCAAGGGUUCCCGAUAAGUGUACAAGACAUCAUCCGCUCUAAAUCCAUCUCGGCUAUGGCCUCUACGGUUGAUCUCUCCCAGAGCUCACAAGUGGCGCCCGAAGCCAAGGAGUACGACUUGCCAUUCGACAUCUCGCCAAUCCAGAAGGUCUUUUUCAAUGCUGUGGGCGAUGAACACAACCACUUCAAUCAGACUGAGCUGUUCCGUCUUUCUAGGAAUGUUGAAGUUGAAGAGCUUCGAUCAGCACUGAUGGUUCUCGUCAAAACUCAUCCUAUGCUCCGCGCGCGCUUCUCCAAGAACGAAGCAGGCGUUUGGAAACAGCGGAUUGAGAAGGAUGUUCCAAGCUCGUUCAGACUUCGUCACCACCACGUCCAAGCAGGAAAUGAUGCCACCUUGCGGCCCAUCAUCGACCACAGUCAGGCGACCCUGGAUAUCACUAAAGGCCCAACUUUUGCUGUUGAGCUAUUUGAUGUUGACGAUACAUUCUCUCAAGCUAUAGCUCUUGUUGCUCAUCAUCUAGUCAUCGACGUGGUGUCUUGGGGUAUUCUCCUUGAGGAUCUUCAGGGUUUACUCCAGGGUCUUCAACCAGCGACUCAAAGCAUGCCUUAUCAUAUGUGGUUGCAGCAGCAGUCACUUCAGGCCAAGCAAGAGAGUGCCAGGAGAGUGUUCCCAGUCGGCGAUAUCGCACCAGGAGAUCUCGACUACUGGGGAAUGGAAGGUCGACCCAACCUCAGUGGAGAUGUAGUGGAAGAAGAUCUACAGCUAUCUACUCGUGACACUAUGCUUCUCCUCGGUGCACAGGACGCUUUAGCUACCGAAACCCUCGAUAUCCUGAUCGCCGGUCUCUUCGAAUCUUUCCGCAAGGUCUUCUCCGAUAGGCCCACUAUCACGAUACACAACGAGGGUCACGGUCGUGAAACCUUCAACAAUCGUCAGGACCUGUCUCGGACCAUCGGCUGGUUCUCCACUGUAACGCCUAUCCAUCUCCCUGUCCCCUUAGACGAGGCGACAGAUAUGAUCAGUACAAUUCGUUGGGUUCGAGACUUCAGAAAUCGAACCCCGGACAAAGGACGUCCCUACUUCGCUUAUCGAAAUCUUACCGAGGAAGGACAGACACGCUUUGCCAGUCAUUGGCCGGCAGAAGCCGUCUUUAACUACGUCGGAAGGCUUCAAGGCCAAGACACUAAAGACGGGCUGUUCACUGCGCUUGACGACGUGGAUUCCCGCGAAGUCGGGAUAGACGUGCCACGACUCGCGCUUUUCGAUAUCACGGCAGCAGUGUCUCAGGGUGCGAUCAAGCUCUCAUUCGGGUGGAAUCGCAAUAUGCGACGACAGAGCGAGAUCCGUGCAUGGGUUGCCCAGUGCCGUCAGACACUUGUGGAUGCUGUGGAAGAACUUCUACAGGUGCGACAGGAACAAAGCCUCAGCAACUUCAAGUACCUGCCUCUCCUCUAUAACGGUACCUCUAGGCUCUCGGCAAUUCUUCCAGCUGGUAUCAAACUCGCCGACGUAGAGGAUAUAUUCCCGGCGUCUCCGAUGCAGCAAGGUCUACUUCACACACAGUCACGCAAUCCCGAGCUCUACACUUACCACACUGUUUCGCAAGUGCAGUCUGCCGACGGAAACCUCAUAGACCCUCGCCGUCUCGCCGAAGCGUGGCAAGUUGUGGUACACCGCCACCAAGCCUUGCGUGCCAUCUUUGUCGACAGCCUUGCAAAGGAUGGAUCCAAGGAUCAAAUAGUAGUCAAAGAGAAAGCUGGACGGAUCCAAAUGCUCGCUGACUGCGACGAUAGCCACGUCGCCAAUCUCCUGCGAGAUCAGUCUUCGAUCGACUGCCGAGAAGCUGUACCGCCUCAUCGUAUGACCAUCUGCAAAACAAAGACCGGCAAGGUAUGGUUUAAGCUCGAGCUUAGCCACGUUAUCAAUGAUGGUACCUCGGUAUCCAAUCUACUCGCUGAUCUCGCGCGCGCAUACGCACGGAAGUUGACCCGGGCUGAUGCGGGACCUCUUUAUUCUGACUACAUCGGUUACCUGCUUUCCAGAUCUGGUGAUGCCGAUCUUGCCUACUGGAAGACUCAUCUCGCCGGCAUCGAGCCCUGCUUCUUUCCCACCCUCAACGACGGUAUACCAAGCUCCCCAGAAUCUGCCUCUGUCGACAUAGAGCUAGGCAGCACAAGUCGUGUCCAGGACUUCUGCAAGCACAACGGCGUCACCCUUUCGAAUGUGCUCCAGCUUACUUGGGCUCUUACCCUGCAUUACUACGUUGGCACCUUCGAUGUGUCAUUUGGCUUGAUUGCUUCCGGUCGCGAUAUUCCCGUAAGCAACAUUGAUGAAGCGGUGGGCUGCUUUGUCAACAUGGUUGUCUCGCGCCUAUCCUUCUCUGAUGAAACAACCAUCGCUCAGCUACUGGAAGCUCUCCAAACAGGUUCCACAGAGGCUCUCUCACAUCAAGGUUGCUCUCUUGCCGAUAUCCAGCAUGCGCUGCAACUUCCAUCAUUGUUCAACACGGCUUUCACUUUCCAGAGACGCAGUCUAUCGAGCGAUCCGGAGGAGACCGCUCUCUUAUAUGAGGAUAUGGAAGCUGAAGAUGCCGGUGAAUACAUCGUUACGGUCAAUGCGGACGUCACCGACCAAAGUAUCACGGUCGAUUUCGGCUACUCAAAGGACAGGAUCCUGCCAUCUCAAGCGCAGAACAUGGCAGAGACUUUCAAGAAGAUCUUGGACAGCAUCGUCGCUUGUAGUGCCAGUGAACUUACCGUCGGCAAACUGGACGUGUUCACAGAAAGCAGCCUUGGUCAAAUCAUGGAAUGGAACCCCCAGCUUCCGCCGCCCAUCCGCCGUUGCGUGCACGAUGUCAUUCAUGAUCAGGCGCUUACGAGGCCACGUACGACAAAGGCUGUGGAAGGCUGGGACGGAUCGUUCACCUACCAAGAUUUCGAUAAGAUCACCAACCAGCUAGCAGUCCAUCUGCAGUCUAUCGGUGUCACCACUGAGACUUUCGUUCCUAUCCUUUUCGAGAAAUCCUCAUACGCCAUUGUCAGUAUGAUUGCAAUCAUGAAGGCAGGCGGUGCAUACGUACCGCUGGAUCCUAAGCAUCCACAAACCCGGCUUCGCGAACUCAUCGAGGAUGUCGGUGCCUCAGUAGUGCUCUGCUCGCGCGGCUACCACACCAAAGCAAGUGAGGUCGCCAAGACAGCCGUGAUCGUUGAUCAGCGAUCAACCAGAAAGCUGGGAGUACCAACAUCUAGUAAGCCACGCUCUACAGCAACUCCCGAUAAUGCAGCGUACUGCCUGUUCACGUCGGGUACUACCGGCAAGCCGAAGGGGACCAUCAUACCCCAUCAAGCAUUUUGCACGAGUGCAGCGGCAUUCACUCGUCGUAUGAACAUCAAUGCAACCUCACGCACCUUUCAAUUCGCUUCGUACACGUUCGAUGCCAGUUGCAUUGAAAUUCUUUCCGCACUGACUGUAGGCGCUACCGUGUGUGUGCCAACGGAAGACGAUCGUAUGAACAACGCUGCCGGGGCCAUCCGUAAGCUGAGGGUUAACUGGUCGUUGUUAACUCCCUCUGUUCUUGGAACUAUCGAACCGGAGCGCGUCCCAGGCCUGAAGACGCUGGUUUCUGGAGGUGAAGCGCUUCCCGGCCCCAUUCUCAAGAAGUGGGGCAGCAGCACAUGUUUCAUCAACGCGUACGGACCCACAGAGUGCUCAGUAGUAGCUGCUACCGCUUACAAGUCCACACUGGAUCACAAGCUCAUUGUAUCCGAGCCUGGUACUAUCGGUACCGGAAGCGGAUGUCGACUUUGGAUCGUGCAUCCACGAAAUCACGAUAAGCUCAUGCCUGUUGGCAGUGUAGGCGAGCUUGUCAUUGAAGGGCCCACCGUUGCUCGUGGAUACUUGAAUGACGAAGUCAAGACUGCGAAGGCUUUCAUCAACGACCCAGCCUGGGCUAAGACCAUCUCCUCCAGCAACAAUUCUUUCGAGACUGCUCGCAUGUACAAGACUGGUGAUCUUGUCCGCUACAACACCGAUGGUUCGGUCAACUACAUCGGACGCAAAGACACCCAGAUCAAACUCAACGGUCAACGUAUCGAGCUAGGUGAAAUCGAGUUCCAUGUAGGGAAGAACUUUCCCGAGCGUGUACAGUCUGCAGUGGAGCUUGUCGCCCCUUCGAGCACCAGCUCUGCGAAGGCCUUGGCUGUGUUCUUUGCCAUCGUCCAAGAUCAACCCGUCGAUGGAGAGCAAACCGUACAACCUGUUUCGACCGACUUACCAGCUGCAGACGAUUUACUUCUUCCGCUCAGCGACGACCUUCGCGAUAUGUGCAAGAACACUGAGAAUGGCCUGGCUGGCUCACUACCGUCGUACAUGAUACCCGCCAUCUUCAUUCCUGUUACGAAGUUGCCUUGGACUUCGGCAGGCAAGCUGGACCGCAAUCGUCUACGCAGCUUAGUACAGAACCUCAACCGCGAGACAUUGGCCAUGUAUCGACUCACGAGCAUCGCGAACAAGAAGAAGCCCACCACAGAAGCGGAGAAGAAGAUCCACAAGGCGGUCUGUUCGGUACUGAGUCUGCCAUCUUCGGCAGUAGGUAUCGACGACAGCUUCGUUCGUCUCGGCGGUGACUCUAUCUCUUCUAUGCGUCUUGUUGCAAUGGCCCACACUGAACAACUGGAGCUAUCCUUCAUCGAUAUUUUCAAGAAUCCGAAGCUCUCUGAUCUAGCCAAGAUCGGAUCUCGUGCUGGCAAGUCUAGCCAAGCCGAGAAGGUCAUACAGCCUUUCGGUCUACUGCCGACUUCCCUUACAAGAUCAGAGGUAACGAGUGAAGCUGUACAACAAUGCCGAGUAUCCAAGGACAACCUGCAGGAUGCCUAUCCCACGAGUUCACUCCAAGAUGCACUACUGACCCUCUCCAUCAAGCAGGCAGGUGCAUAUGUCGCGCAGCACGUCUUGGCACUUCCAAAAUCCCUGGACAUGACGAAGUUCAAGGCAGCCUGGCAGUCAGCCAUUCAAGAGAUCGACAUUCUUCGCACCAGAAUCAUACAAAUGCCAUCUGGUACAUUUGUGCAAGCUGUUUUGAAGAAAGACCCAAUUGAUUGGAGAGAAGCAAAAUCUCUCAAGGACGCCGAGGGCGAUGCCACGAAGAUUCCUUCGCAUCUUGGCGGACAUCUUGCAGCGUAUACCUUGGUCACUACGCGAUACGGAGAACGUUACUUUGUAUGGACACUGCAUCAUGCUUUGUAUGACGGUUGGAGCAUAUAUCUGAUGCUCCAGCGCGUGCAGCAGAUCUACUCCAAGGGGGCGUCGGCCAUGCCACAGACACCAUACGCCAGAUUCGUGGAAUACCUCUGCAACAACAGCGUCACUGACUCGAAUCUCUACUGGAAGGAGAGCCUGACAGGGCUCAACGCGUAUCAAUUCCCUCAACCAUCUCAUGCCAAUACGAAUGUACCGCCAAAUGGGCAGUUGUUUCAGCAUUCUAUGAAGAUCGCACAUCGCAAGAAUGCGGAUGUCACACCAGCAAACGCCAUUCGAGCUGCCUGGGCUUUACUGGUUGCCGCGUAUACUGGAAGCGAUGACGUGGUAUUCGGAGAGACCCUCGCUGGCCGAGACGUUGCCGUGGCAGGUAUAACAGACGUAUGUGGCCCAACUCUGACGACGGUUCCUUCUAGAGUGAAGAUCGAUCGUGGAGCCACCGUUAGCGAUUUGCUCAGCACGAUAGCGGCAAACGUCACCGACCGGAUACCUCAUCAGCACCAUGGUCUUUCCGCUAUCAAGGCACUCGGUGAUGAUAUGGUAGCUGCUUGUGAGUUCCAGAAUCUUCUUGUCAUCCAGACGGAGAAUGAGGAGCUUGCCGACUCAAUGUGGAGCGUUCACGACAACGAAGAACAAGGCAACUUCUUCACAUAUCCCCUGGUGAUUGAGUGUAAGAUGGGUUCAUCAAAGACCGAAGUGUUGGCUCAUUUCGACGCGAACGUCAUCUCUCUUUGGCAUGUUCAACGCAUCGUCUACCAGUUCGAGGCAGUGUUGGUACAGCUCCAAUCUGUUACUCACAUUCGACAUGUAAACGUCCUCAGCGACCAAGACAAGCAGCUUGUGCGCAGAUGGAAUGCGUAUGAGCCUGAACUGAUCGAUGACACGAUACCAUCGCUCUUUUUCAAGAAGGUUGCAUCUCAACCCACUGCCACAGCCGUGACCGCAUUUGACGGUGACCUUUCAUACAGCGAGCUCAGUACCUUGGCAUCACAAAUGGCACAGGAGUUGGUGAAACUUGGUGCUGGUCCCGAAUGCCUGAUCCCCAUCUGCCUAGACAAGUCUCGAUGGGCCAUCGUCGCGAUCAUGGCCAUCCUCGUCUCUGGUGCCGGUUAUGUUCCGCUGUCUCCGGCAGAUCCGGCUUCGCGACAUCUGCAUAUCGUCGAGUCUUGCAAGUCUUCAAUUGUUAUUUGCUCGCCAACUUACGCGCACCGUUUCGUUGAAAUGGUCGAUCAUGUGUUCAGCGUCAGCGAAUCCGCAAUCCGACAAUUGCCUACCUGUUCAAUGUCUUUGUCGCACCGUGCCAAGAGCAACAACAUCUGCUACGUCAUCUUCACAUCCGGCAGCACCGGAUUGCCAAAGGGUGUGGUGAUCGAGCACAAGAGUAUCGCUUCUAGCUCAGCCGCCAUAUGCGAAGGACUCCAUGUUACGCCUACUUCUCGGGUCUUCCAGUUCUGUUCCUUCUUAUUCGACGUUUCUGUCGGCGAAACCCUUGCUGUUCUUAUACGCGGCGCAACGAUCUGCGUACCAUCCGACGAAAUGCGCACCACAAAUCUUGCGGCGGCAGUCACGGAUCUAAACGCGAACUGGGCCUUCUUGACCCCAUCAGUAGCUAGCACCUUGGACGGUCCGAAUGCUGUACCCACACUGGAAACUUUGGUAGCCGGUGGCGAGGCGAUGAGUUCUGAUGUUGUCGACAAAUGGGCAACCGGUGUCAAACUCCAGAACGGCUACGGUCCCACUGAGGGCACCGUCUUUGCUAUCGCAAACGACCACGUCUCAGCGCAACGAGAUCCCGCAAACAUCGGGCACGCCCUAAAGAGUGGUCGGGCUUGGCUCACCAACUCUGAUAACCCUCACGAGCUAGCACCUAUCGGGGCCACCGCCGAACUGUGUCUAGAGGGGCCGUUGCUUGCUCGAGGUUAUCUAAAUGACCCUGAUCGUACUGCAGAGGCAUUCAUAGAAGCCCCAGCAUUCUUGAAGGACUUUUCUUCAAGUAGUGGAUCCCGAAUAUACCGUACCGGAGAUCUUGUUCAGUACACUGCCGAUGGUUCUAUUGAAUACAUUGGGAGAAGGGACAACCAAAUCAAGCUCGCUGGUCAACGCAUCGAGCUUGACGAGAUUGAAGCAAACGUGCAUGCGGACGACAACGUCCACCAAGUGGUAGUGCAGCUACCCAAGAUCGGACCUUGCACCAAGAAACUCACGGUCGUCGUUAGCUUUCCUGGAACUGCCGCUUCGAACGCCGGCUCGGACUGGCGUAUGGUCCUUUCAGACACGGAGACGCUCUCGCGAAUAAAUCGUUCAAGAGAAAGGUUGGCUGAUAUGGUACCGUCGUACAUGGUACCAUCCAUUUGGAUUGCCGUACCUCGUAUUCCAGCUUUGGCUUCCACCAAGUUGGACAAGAAACAAGUUGGUUUGUGGUUGGAGGGAAUGGAUGAGGCUACCUACCAGCGAAUCAUGGGAGCUGAACUUGUUGAGGAAGUGGAAGGACCUGGUGCUGCCGCACUUACGGUUCUUCGAGGCAUAUGGGCGAAGGUAUUGGACUGCCCUGUCGAAGAUGUCAAGCCGUCCAAAUCCUGGCUAUCACACGGAGGUGACUCAAUUUCUGCAAUGAAGCUUCUUGCAAAGUGCAGGAGUGAAGGCAUCAACCUCACCUUGAACCAAGUCCUACGCGCCAAAACCCUCUCUCACCUAGCGGCUGAUGUCAAAUCCGUGGUCGUCUUGGACCAUGAGAAAGAGCAGACCGAUCGACCAUUCCCACUCUCUCCCAUCCAGCGGUUCUAUUUCGAGACCGGCAGAACUGAGAGCAGUACACACUUCAACCAGUCAUCGACGCUGCGCAUCUCGCAAUACGUAGAGCCGGCUGUGAUACAACGCGCUUUUGAUUCAAUCGUCGGAUGCCAUUCAAUGCUACGUGCACGGUUUUCCAAGAAUGAUGAUGGGCAAUGGCAGCAGCUCGUGAUGUCGAAGGUUCCUGGAUCAUACGCUUUCACAGCACACGACGUUCCAAGCGCUUCUGCUGCUGGGGCUAUCAUUUCGGAUACGCAAAAGAGCCUGGACAUCUACACCGGGCCAGUCUUUGCAGUAGACCUUUUCAAUCUGAAGGGCCAUCAGAUGCUCUUCAUGGCCGCUCACCACCUCGUUAUAGAUGUUGUGAGCUGGGGGAUCCUGCUCGGCGACUUGGAAGACCUCCUUGCGUCGGGCCCAGUCAAACCACUUCCAAGGGGUCUCCCCUUCCAAACUUGGUGCGAGAUGCAGACCUUAAACGCUUCGGAAACAUCACAGCAACUAGCUGUGCAAAGCCAACCGCUCGUCGUCGAACCCGCGAACUUUGCCUUUUGGGGUAUGGACGUACGGCCCAACCUUUACGGUGACUCCGAAAGGGACGAGUUUGUCAUCAAUAAGAAACUCUCUGCCAUGGCUUUCGACAAUCACCAUGUUUACAGGACGGACCUUGUCGACAUCCUCCUGGCAGCCAUUGUACACUCGUUCUCUCGUGUGUUCAUCAACCGCAAGGCACCUACCUUGUUCAAUGAAUCACAUGGCCGAGAAGUAUGGGAUGCGAGCAACCUUGAUCUGUCACGGACCGUCGGAUGGUUCACAACAAUCUAUCCAAUCACUGUUCCUAUUGGUGAUGACGAGGACGAGGUCAUACACACGCUCCGACAAGUCAAAGAUACCCGUCGCAAGGUUGCAAGCAACGGACGACCUUACUUUGCACACCGCUAUCUCACAGAUGAUGGAAAGCAACGCUUUGCGAACCACGCGCCAAUGGAAAUCUUGUUCAACUACCUUGGCCGGCAGGAACAGUCUGGACAAAGCGAUUCGCUUUUGAGGCCUGCGCAGGUAGAAGGCGACGAUGAUGAGGAAACAUCCGACGUUGGUGUCAAAACCAGUCGUAUGGCACUCUUUGAAAUCUCCGCUUCCGUCUCUGAAGGUCAAAUUCAGCUCAGCUUCAUGUACAAUCGCCACUCGAAGAACCAAAAAGGUAUUCGCCGGUGGAUUGCUGAGUGCCAACGCACGUUGGAGGAGAUUGCUACUGAGCUGGCCAAGACGAAUGGGCCACAACCCACUAUGGCCGACUUCCCGCUGCUACCACUAGAGUCUUACAGCCGCCUUGAUCGGGUCUUGAAGACUCUGCCACACGCUGGUGUUCCGUCUUUUGAUCAAGUAGAAGACAUGUACCCUUGUUCCCCCAUACAGGACGGUAUGAUCUUGAGUCAGAUCAAGUCUCCAGAAUCAUACUGGUCAUCAACAACAUUCGAAGUCAGGUCUAAGCGAGGGCCGGUCAAUGCAAGCAAGGUUGUGGAUGGAUGGAAGCAAGUCGUGGCCCGUCACCCAGCUUUGCGCACCAUCUUCAUUGACAGUGCCUGCAAGGGAGGCGUCUUCGAUCAGAUUGUUGUGAAGAGUCCCGAUUCCGGCAUUGUUACCUACAAGUGUGCCGAUGCCGAACUGACGGCUCUACUUGAGUCAAUCAAGCAUAGCUCUCUCAACGGAAAGAAGAAGCCCGUUCUUCCGCACCAAGCCGCGGUCAUUCAGACCUCCUCGGGAAAGAUCUUUGUCAAGGUCAUCGUCAAUCACGCCGUCAUCGAUGGAGGCUCUCUGGGCGUCAUUGGCCAGGAUCUUCAGGAAGCUUAUGAAGGGCGUCUAUCUGAGGACGGCCCUCUAUAUAGCGAUUACAUCAAGUACCUGCGUGCACUUCCAGCGGACGAUGCGGUAGCAUACUGGAAGGCCAAGCUUCGCGGAGUCAGCCCGUGCUACUUCCCGACCACACCCCGGGACCCAAGCAAACCAAGACAGCUCCGAUCCCUGGACAUGCGUUUCACCCGCUUUGACGAGCUUCAUGAGCUUGCAGAGAGCAGCAACGUUACUAUUGCCAAUAUCCUUCUUGCAGCUUGGGCUCUAGUUCUCCGAUCCUACACCAACUCCUCCGACGUGUGCUACGGCUAUCUUACCUCGGGAAGGAACGUACCGAUCGACAAAAUCGAGAGCGCGGUCGGCGCUUUCAUCAACAUGUUGGUUUCUCGUAUCGAGUUGAAACCGGCUAUUUCGCUCCUCGAGAUUGUUGAAAAGGUGCAGUCUGAUUUUGUCGACUCCAUGCCUCAUCAGCAUUGCUCGCUUGCCCAAUUCCAGCAUGAUCUCGGACUAUCAGGGAAGUCGCUCUUCAACACUGCUGUUUCGAUUCAAAGACGUUCGAGUGCCGAAGAACCCACAUCAGACGACUCUGGUAUUGAGUUUGAGCAGCUUGAUGGCCAUGAUCCUAGCGAGUUUGCUAUCACGGUCAACAUCGAUGCCACUCGCGACGAUGAAGGGGUGCGCUUCACUUACUGGAGUGAUGCUGUAACCGAUGGUGAAGCCAAGAACGUUUCUGCUCUCAUGGGAAAGAUUCUAGUGCAAGCCUUGAACAACGCAAAGCAAACUGUUGCAGAGCUGGAUGUUAUCGUCAAGGGUAAACCUGCGCAACCUGCGCCCUCACGUCUCAACUUACCCAAGCCCCGUCCUUCGAUUCUCAGGUCUAGCUCGAGCAUAUCCAGUGGGUCAACCUCACCACCUCGCACACCAAGAAUCACAUCCCCCGAUCUCGCUCCGGCGCCGCCACUUCCAGCUGAAACACCUGAUUGGAGCAGUCUCAUCAGGUCCAUUGUCAGCGAGAUGGUCCCUCAAAUUGUCGAGCAGAUCGUAGCGCAGAACAAGCUACCUAACGAACCCACAUCUGCCACAAUCGAUCAGAUGACCACCCAAAUGACGGGCAUGCUUACAAGAAGGACUUCCAUGUCUCAACGUGGACGACCAAGUAUCGAUGACGCAGGUUCCACAAGAGCAGCGUCCAUACGUUCACGACGCGCGAUGAGCAUCGCCAGUAAUGCAGAGAAUAGGAUCCAGACGGCUGCUGAUAUGGUCGCCACUUUGGGUGUUCUGGCUACCGAGGCUUCUACCAAAGUUGCACCAGACUUCGUGGAAAAGAAGCUUCUGACUUUGUGGAGCGAGUUGCUGGAAAUGGUAGAGGAAACCAUCGAGCAGGAUGACAGCUUUUUCCAACUCGGAGGCGACAGUAUCAUCGCUAUGCGCCUAGUUGGAGCCGCGAGAGAGGAGGGCCUGUCGAUGACCGUGGCCGAUGUCUUCAAAAACCCGACAUUCGCCGACAUGGCUCGGGUCGUGCGUGUUGCUGGCGAAGUCAUUGACGAGGUCAUGUCUCGGGCCGGCGGCGGAUCAGUGGCAGGUAGGAGUGUUGGAGGUCAGUCGAGGUCUCGCCUUCACGACAGAGCCCCAUCAAUCUGGAGUGAGUUCCAGGAUAUCAUGUCGGAUCCCAAUGCCGACACUAAGAGCAUGGCUCCUAGCGAGAUCCCUGCCGAAUCAGAGAUGAACAACCGUGAUUCAACAAUGUUCAAGAGAUGGCAAGGGCUUACGACGAACCCAACGAGGCCGACCGCCGACCGCAAAGUGAGCCAGAAGUCGCUAGCCACGCAUACAAUUCAAGAAGGAGUUGAGAGCUCUGCGAACAGAUCCGUGUCGAUGCUUGGCGAUCCUAACGUUGAUAGCGUUAUUUCGAAGGUGCAAGUAUUCAAGGGAGGCAUCUCUGAUGUGUUCCCUGUCACCGACUUCCAAUCUCUUGCUAUUACCGGCACCCUCAUGGAGUCCAAGUGGAUGCUCAACUACUUUUACCUUGAUGGCAAUGGACCACUUGAUCUUCGCAAGUUGAAGCAAGCUGCCUACCGCAUGGUACAAGCCUUUGAUAUCCUCCGCACUGUGUUCGUCCCGUACGGUGACCGCUUUCUCCAAGUGGUAUUGCGUAAACUUCAACCCGAGUUCAUCUACCACCAAACAGACGACGACAUCGAAACCUUUACCACAGACCUGCGACAGAAGGACCGUGAGAAUGGACCAAGGCUCGGCGAAGCGUUCAUCCAGUUCGUCGUUGCAAAGCAAAAGCAAACGGGACGACACCGUAUCUUUAUGCGACUGUCUCACGCCCAGUACGACGGAGUUUGCAUGUCAAAGAUUCUGGGCGCGCUCCAAGAUGGGUACAACGGCCUUCCUGUCUCGUCUGCUCCAAGCUUCGGUAAUUUUGUACGGGAAACUACAAAGGCCGUAUCUGGUGCCCACGACCACUGGAAAGAAGUGCUUCGUGGUUCCAACAUGACCGAAAUCGUGAACCGAUUCGGUCCCAACUACCAGCGCUCAGCUGGCCAAACAAUCACAUUGGAGAAGAGAGUCAAUGCGCCAAAGCUGAAAGGUGUCAACAUCACCAGCGCGACUGUAGCCAAGGCUGCUUGGGCUUCGACUCUCUCGCGCCUUGUAAGCAAGGCUGACAUCGUUUUUGGUCAUGUCAUAUCGGGUCGCAACGGCGGCGUUGCCAACGUCGAGAACAUUGUCGGGCCCUGUUUGAACAUGGUACCUGUUCGCAUUGUAUACCGUCCUGAAUGGACUGUGAUGGAUCUUCUCAGGUUCAUCCAAGAUCAGCAAAUCGCAAACAUGCCGUUUGAGUCUCUCGGCUUCCGCGAGAUCACACGACACUGCACAGAGUGGCCCGAUUGGACAAACUUUUCGAGCGUCCUGCAACACGACCAGAACAUCCAGGAUGAUCGACCAACUAUGCAGCUAGGCGGUAUCGAGUACACGAUCGGCGCCGUGGGCUCACAAGAAGACUUUGCAGACUUCUCCAUCCAUACAACAUCUCGUGGUAACCAAAUGGAUGUCACUUUGACGUACGCUCCGAACAGCACCAUUACUGCAGAGUUUGCACAACACGCAUUCGAUAUGCUGUGCGCCAAUGUUGCCGCCUUCUCGGAGGAUCCGCAUAGCCUGCUCCCAUCCCCCUCAGAACUCAGCUCCCAUAGCUCGACUACCGUCAACUCGGAAAAGAUGCGCAAGAAGUCCACAGAGAAGCAGCCUGUCUCUUUGCCAACCGACACAGGCCUCUCGCAUCACGAGAUUACUACCCUCGCCUCAACUCUGCGAUCAGCCUGGGAGCAGAUUCUGCAUGAUGAGCAUGGCUCCCCGAUACCCAUAGAGCUUGGCUCCGACUUCUUCCAGCUGGGUGGCGACAUCAUGGGUUUGGCACAAGUUGCGUCCAUUCUCGACCAAGACGGGCUCAAGGUCAGGGUCGAAGAUUUGCUCGACAAGUCCGUGUUCGUCGAUCAAGUGAGCAUACUCGCUGUGGAGCGCAAGAAGCAGAUGGAGAAAGAGAUGCAGAAUCCUUGGGGGGAUAAGGCCAAGGCGAGAAUUGGAGUUGAGGAGAAGACAAAAGACAAAGAGAGGAGGGCUAGCGGUUUUGGAUCACUCGCUAAGAGGAUUGGAUUCAAGAGGGCGAAGAGCUCUCAAGCUUUGUAA